CUUCCGCCCAUUCGCACCGGAAAAGACGAUGAGCGCGGCGGAACUGCCGAACAGGGAAGCAUGCGUGCUGAGAGGACACGAAGGGGCGGUUUUGGCCGCCAGGUUCAAUAGCAAUGGCGAUUAUUGCUUGAGCUGCGGGAGGGAUCGAACCAUCCGACUAUGGAAUCCGCAUCGUGGAAUUCACAUCAAGACCUACAAAUCUCACGGCCGUGAAGUCCGAGACGUCCACGUUUCUCCGGAUAAUUCCAAGCUAUGUUCUUGUGGUGGAGAUAGACAAAUCUUUUACUGGGAUGUCGCAUCUGGUCGUGUAAUUAGAAAAUUUAGGGGCCAUGACAGUGAGGUGAACGCUGUGAAGUUUAAUGAGUAUGCUUCUGUGGUUGUAUCUGCUGGAUAUGAUAAAUCCUUGCGCGUUUGGGACUGCAAAUCUCACAGCACUGAACCGAUUCAGAUCAUUGGCACAUUUUUAGACAGUGUCAUGUCAGUUUGUUUGACAAAAACUGAAAUAAUUGCUGGAAGCGUUGAUGGCACUGUUAGAACAUUUGACAUUCGAAUGGGUAGGGAAUUAUCUGAUAACUUGGGGCAACCAGUGAACUGUAUCUCUGUGUCUAACGAUGGGAAUUGUAUAUUAGCUAGCUGUCUUGACUCAACCCUUCGACUUGUGGAUAGGUCUACUGGUGAACUGUUGCAAGAAUACAAGGGACAUACUUGCAAGACUUCAAAAACUGAUUGCUGUCUCACAAACACCGAUGCACAUGUGAUCGGUGGCUCGGAAGAUGGUUUUGUUUAUUCCUGGGAUCUGGUUGAUGCAUCUGUAACAUCCAGUUUCAAAGCUCAUUCUUCUGUGGUAAUUUUAUCAAACAUUUGAACAUGUGUUACUGUCCCUCUCUCCCUCAUGUUACUCUACUUACACAAAUGUAAGUAUCAUGCAUGCAGUCCUGCAAUUGGGUCAGGAAAUGUUUUACCACUGUUGCACCUUGGGGCUGUUAAUGAUCUGAGCUUUAUUUAAACCGUUCAAGCUCGUGCUCGAUUCCGAACCUGACGAGAUGAGCUUAACGAGCUUCGAACUCAAACAUGUGCCAGGUUUUAAGUUGGAACAUUUAUUCAAGCCGAGCUCGAGCAUAGUAGUGCUCGAUACUGUUUGAACUUGAUCCUAUUGAAACACCAGAAAAUUACAGGGACGAAUUAUAUACUUGUAUAUGUUAAAAUUUAAACAUCUUUAGUGUGGUUUUAUAAACAAUGAUUAUUAAAAAAUCGAGUACAUGUUAAAUAAUCAUACUGACUAGCAUAAGCUAAACUUUUACAUCAGGAGCAUAUUUAUCGAGCUUAUCAAACAUAGAACAUCUCUAAAGCUGAACUCGAACCCCAUAUGUAAUGCAUGUUGAGCUUCGAGUUCGAACCGGAACAACACUAUUAGCGAACUGAGCGCAACUCAAGCUUUGGAUGUUCGGGCUCGGCUUGUUACAACCCUACUUCACCUCGACUGUUGUCGAGUAAGAAUGUGUGAUUGUGAUGGUAUAUUGGAGUAUGUAUAGCAUGUAACAAUUUAGAAUUCCAUUUAUACGACUGUAAUGUAGAUUCAUAGUUAUGAUACUCAUGAAAUAAUGGUCACUUGUUCUUUUAAUGCAUUUGCCAACAGUUUUUUGAAGAUUCAUUGCUUACUCUUAUGCUCUGUUUCAACAUUAUUUUUGUGAUAAAUAUUUGCUAGUAGUAUUUAUAAUUAAUGACCCCUUGCCAAUGUUGUUCUUAUGCUCAAUAAUUCAGUGUUUGCUCUGUGUUCCUAAUCUAAUAUUGAAUCAAGUUCCAGUUUUAAAUUUUUCUACUGAUAGUUCCAUUUGCAUAGACUCAUGUUUUAUCAUUUUUCUCUACUAUUAAUUGGAUUGAUGUCCUUGGGUCUUUUUUAUUUAAAUUCAGGUAACCAGUGUAAGUUAUCACCCAAAAGGGACUUGCAUGAUAACUUCAUCUGUGGAUGGGACAAUCCGGGUUUGGAAAACUUGAAAGUAACAAAUCCAAAUGAACCUUACAUCUUCAGAUUAUUCUGUGUUGUGAACGGAAGGGAAUGCCUUCAACACCUUUAAUCUAAGGGAAUUGGAGUUGAAGAAAAGUGAAGAGGUGUUUGGCUGCCUUAAGAAACCCACACCUGUAGACUGGGCAAGCAGAAUAGUAUAACUUCGUUAGCAGCAUCUCAUAUACUUCGUAUUUGAGUUAUUUUACAAAUUUACCAUAUUCAGUAUGUGAUUAGUGCAAAAAUCUGGAGGAUUCCAUUCCCUAAAGCACCAUGGCCCAUGGGUUUGGCUUUCAAUUUUGUCAGUGCAUUUAUAUUGGCUGGAAAAUGACCAAUGCUAUUUUUGACAAUCUGGCUAGCUGACUAUACUGUAGCCUGUAGGGGUUCAGUGGAUGAGUUUAUCUUCUUACUUUUGAAGUAAUUAUGAAAUAAAUAUCUCCAUUCAUUAUGCGUGAGUAUAUAAGUUCACUCGCAUUCCGCUAUCA